AUGAUCGAUGACAAAACUACACCUCCAUGUAUUAUUCGAUUAAUUAAACAAUGCUGGGAUGCCGAUCCUAAGAGAAGACCAACUGCUCGGGACUUGAAAAAUCAAUUUGAUGAAUUCAAUACUUUUGAGUUGUCACAGGUUCAAUCCGAACCUACGCCAAGUAACUUACCAGUUAAAAAAUCUUUAGAAGAUUUUGCAGAUUCUGGAAUAAUUGAUUUACAAAUUCCGGAUUCGUCAUUCUCAGAUUUUGCAGAUUCUGGAAUAAUUGAUUUACAAAUUCCGGAUUCAUAUAAAAUUUUAGAUCGAAUAUUUUAA